AAAUCCACCGACGCAUUUCUCCAGUAAAUUAUCACUAGAAAGUUGUUUUCAAAUAUUGGACGAAUGGCUUUAAUCACAUCAUCGUCCAGUGGCGAUUUAUGUUGAUAUUACUCCAAUUCGAUCACUCGAACGCUCGAUCCCGUUUUACUCAACUCUCUGUAAUUUCGGCAUUUUUUCAGAUAUCAACAUAAAACUUUCAGGAUAUAUUCUCGAAACUUGAAGCUUCAAGAAAAUGUAAUAAAAAAAAAAUCGAAUUUUUUUUUCCGCUAGGUUGGUGUAACCCCUUAAUUGAUUGAUAAGCGAAUUAAAAGAGAUCGAACACGCGGAGGAGCACGCUGCCCCUCCGUGAUCCAGAAUCUCGCCAUCCUAACUCCACUCGUAAAAACUCGAGUGAAGAAUGCAGGCGAUUGCAGGGAACGUGGGACAGUCACACACCCCGCGACCAAAAAUUGUGAAUGGGGAGGCGGUACUUCAUCUAGUGACCAUAGAGCCGUAUCCGGUAAUUCACUAAUUGCCAAAUUACGUGACAGGCACUAGAUGAUUUACUGUUCCCCUUUCCACGCUCUUCACCCCCGAACUCCCUCGGUUGGGAGUAUAAAAAGCGCGGAUUUCGUGCAGAUUUAGAGAUUUUGCCUCCUCGUCUCGCGCCGAAAGGUCGUUAGACAUAGUUCCUAUUUUCGCGUUAAAGACUUAGAAUAUUUUCAAUUUAAAGACUUAGAAUAUUUUCAAUUUAAAGACUUAGAAUAUUUUCGAUUUAAAGACUUAGAAUAUUUUCAAUUUAAAGACUUAGAAUAUUUCCGCGUUAAAGACUUGGGAUAUUUUCACAUAAAAGACUUAGAAUAUUUUCUUGUGUCGAGCAAAAGGACUUGGCAACAUUCAAUUCUCGAAUAAAUUGUAACACCAGAGAAGGCAAUUUCUCCCUCACCCUAUUAAUACGUUCCGUAUAUUACAGAUAGCGAUUUCCGAUCACCGUGAUCGAGCGUGCGUGCGAGUGCAACCGACGUGUGAAAUCGACGAGUGUAAAGAUGGGAAGAUCUAGGCGCGGCGGUAGGAAGGUCCAGCUGAGGCGGCUGUACGCCGAGCUGGUGGAACAUGGGGAAUUUGACCCCCGUGUUUUCGACCGACCACUGCCGGUAGCCCUGACAGCACCCCCGCUUCAACCCUUGCCUUCGCCGCGUGACCUUUUUCUGCCAACAACUGUUCCGGGCCCUGCCUAUGCCCAAGGGAGUACCACUCACGGACUCUCACCGCGCGGCUACAAAAAGCCCACUAUUAUUGAUGACAGGAUGGUCGCCGCCGAUACGGUCAUCAAGGCCACCAUUUCUAUAGUGGAAUUCGAUUAAAUCAGUCCAAUAAAAGAAUCCGCCAGAAAUUAUCUUUUUUUUUUCUUACCCGCUGUUCCUCGCGAUCUCUCUCCGUUUCCGCUCGGCGGAGCAGAGAAUAGGAAAUAAUAAUAGUAAACUAAAUAGAAAAAAUAAACAAUUCGAUCCUUGGCCCCGCCGGACGUAACAAGAGUAAUACAUUUUUAUAAAUUAUAGAAAUAAAUAAGAAAUUUAUUAAAUAAAAAUCAGCAAGAAUCGCUUAUUGUCACCAAUAAUUAAAUCCAAAGGAAAGCAAUUUUGUAGUCGACUGACUAAGUUUCUUUAUUAUUCCGACGUUUCGACCAUAAGAUUUGGUCCUUCUCUAUUUACAACACAGUAAUAAAGGCCACGUAAUGUUUAUUGUACCAUUCAGAUAUGUAUUGACGUAUAGAAAUAUUCAGACGCUUGUCUGCGCUCAUACACUCUUGACAACAUGUUUAAUCUUGUUUGACUUCUCGUUUUAAUAAUUUGACUUAUCUAUUAUAUUCAUCGUUGCAUCACCGAUUGACAAUGAGACGUGUAAGUCUUUAAUAUAUUGUUUUAUGGCGUUUUAUACAUUUUUAUAUUUUUAUAUUUUACAUUUAUAUUUGUGACCGUGAUAAUUUUAGAAUUGGUUGUAAAUUCGCUGUCACGGAUGUUUAAUGGUUGUAAUCUCGCAAAUUUUUAAUAUUGUAAUUACUUGAGAAAGAUCAAAUCACAUAGUCAAAAUGUCAGAAUAAUGAAGAAA